AUGACCAACCACCCCUUCCUCACCCUCACCCCUUCCUCACCCUCACCCCUUCCUCACCCCUGUCUCCCCCUUACCCCUGCCUCUGCCUCACCACUCCCUCAUCCCUCCCUCACCCCUGCUUUCCCCUGCCUCUGCAUCCAGCGUCGAAAUUUCGAGAGGGAGGCGCAGGGAGAGAGGGAGGAGAGGGAGAAGAGGGAGGCGCAGGGAGAGAGGGAGGAGAGGGAGGAGAGGGAGAAGAGGGAGGCGCAGGCAGAGAGGGAGGCGCAGGGAGAGAGGGAGGAGAGGGAGAAGAGGGAGGCGCAGGGAGAGAGGGAGGAGAGGGAGGAGAGGGAGAAGAGGGAGGCGCAGGCAGAGAGGGAGGCGCAGGGAGAGAGGGAGGAGAGGGAGCUGUCAGACAAGGGUAGUUUGAAUGGAUGA